CCAGUGAAGGCAUCAUCCUGCGGCUGGACCCUGAGUCCUCAGGCGGCGAAGGAGGAGGCGCGAUGAUGUCCGCCGUCCUACGUGAACAGCUGGCGCCCGGAGCCGCAUUAAACCGCUGGACGCGCGCCAUUGGAUGAACAACUGCUGCGCGUCCCCGCCUCUUUGUCAUUCAUCCCGCAGGUGCGUACGGCGGGACGCCCCCCGCCGCCACAACAACAAUGGCGGGCUUGGCCGCGUAGCUCCCAUUUUAUUUAUUUUUUUGGUCUCGAUACAUCCCCGGUUAAAAAAAAAAAAUGGCGACGGGGGCAGGCUGGCAGCCCGUGUACAGCAGCGCCUCGACGAGCGGCAAAUACAUCUCGACGUCAACCACCAGCAUGUUUUACGACGCGAGUUUGAAGCUGGAAUACACGCAGGACCUUCAUUUGAAGAUGAGCAAGAAAAUCGCCCAGCUGACCAAGGUUAUUUAUGCCCUCAACACCAAGAACGAUGAGCAUGAAGAGGAGAUUGAGUCCCUGAGAGACGCCCACCAGGAUGAGGUGCAGCACAUUGUGACUGAAACCAGAGACAAGAUCAUGCAGUACAAGAGCAAGAUGGUGGACGAGGCUGACCUGCGGCGGCGUCUGGCCAGUCUGGAAGAAUCUGUGGAACUCCAUGAACAUAUGAAGAGACAGGCUCUUGCAGAGUUUGAGAUGUACAGACAGAGAAUGGAGGAUUCACAGCUCUGCACCGAAGCCCAACACACACAGCGAGUGGUUUCUAUGAGCAGAGAGGUGGAGGAGAUGCGUCGGGAUUUUGAGGAGAAGCUGCGGGCGUUCAGCCAAGCGCAAGCCCAGUUUGAGGCGGAUAAGCGACGAGCGCUGGAGGAGCUGAGGUCCAACCACCGCCUGGAGGUGGAGGAUCUUCUAAGCAGCCAACAGAACCAGAGCGCCACGUCCACCGAAGACCAGGAGAAACUGGCCGACCUCCAUAGACAAGAGGUGGAGUCUUUGAUGGAAAGGGUGGAAGAGCUGAGCAAGGACAAGGUCCGGGUGGUGGAGGAGUACGAGGCCAAGCUGGGCAAGGCUCAAGAGUAUUAUGAACGAGAGCUGGAGGCCAUGACUAGAACCCACCAGCUCACCACAGAGAACCUGCUGGCCUGGAAAAGGACUGAGGUUGAGCUUCGGAAGGAGUUCCAGGCGCAGGAGGCGGCACUGCAGCGCUCGCUAUCCAAGCUGAGAAGCGAGCUUCAGAGAGCUCAAGAGGAGGCGCGCGAAAACCGGGACAAGACCAACAGACUGCAGACGUCGUUGGUCAACGCUGAGGGAACUAUCAAGAACCUUCACAAGCAGCUGGAAGAAGCCAUACAGGACGGGGAGAUCUGGGUGAUGCAGCUGAAGGACACAGAGUAUGAGCUGGAUGGUUGCAGGGAACGAGUACAGCAGCAGGCAACGGAGAUCCUCCACAAAGCCGGUCAGAUCGGCUCCCUGCAGGCCACCCAGAUGGCCCACGAAGCCUCCAUUAGGAACCUGGACCAAGAGCAGAGUCGCCUGAAGGACAAGAUCUGCAGGUUGGAGCAAGAGAGAGAGGCACUCCUCAACCAGAAUCAGGCGGCCGGCGAGCAGCACAAACAGCAAGUGUUAAAACUGGAGCAGUCGCUGCGUGAGGAGCACCAGGGCUACGAGAAGGAGCUCUCCAGACUAAGAGGUCACUACGAGGAAGAGAUGCGUCGCUACAAGGAGGCCCAGGUCAGGGCUUUAGAGGAGAUGGAGGAGAAACACCGAGCCAUGCGGGAGGAGGUUCAACAAGAGAAAGAGGAGGAGAAGAAGCAUGUCAUGAUGAAAAUGAGUCAGGAGUUUGAGAUUAAGCGUAUGUCCCUGGAGGAGCAGCGAGAUCGGGUGCAGCAGCAAUUGGACAACUUGAAGGAAGAGCUCUCUGCCAAACUCAACAUGGCCAAUCAAGAGGUGUCACACCUUCAAGAGGUGGUGAGGGAGAGGGACCAGAACGUUAGCUCGGCACAGAACCAGAUCACCUGCUUGAAAGACACACAGGAGAAGCUCAAGAUAGAACUAGACGCCACCAGAGCCCGGGUCAGAGAGACCAGCAACCUGCUGACAGACCUACAGGAGGAGAUCGAGACCCAGAAACAGCAACAUGAGGCCAGAGUGAUGUCCAUCCGAACAGAGGAGAAGCAAAAAAUGGACAAGAUGGCGGACAACUUGGACCAAAAAUGGAGAGAAGCUCUUCGUGAAGAAGUGCGUCUGUUGAGGGAGGAGCUGAGCGAGGAGUACGAUGCCGACAAGCAGUCAGCGCUGAAUCAACUCUCCCAGCAAAAGGAGCUGGAAAUGAUGGCCGCCAGGGAGAGCUGGCAGAGGAAGGUGGAGGACCUGCUUGAACAGAUAUCUCUGUUGAAACAGUCUCUGGAGUUGCAGUUAUCUCAGUCGCAGGCAGCCCUGCAGCAGCUGCAGUCUCAGUUCAGCCAAGAGAGGGAGCUGCUCAGCCAGCAGCUCAAAGAGAUGCAAAGAGAACAUCAGAGGAGAGAACAUCGAUUACAAGAGGCUCACUGCUGCGCAUUGAGCACCAUGGAGGAGGCCCGGCAGCACCAGAUCCGGGCACUGGAAGAACGUCUGAAGCAGGAGCAGAGAGAGGAGGUUCACGCACUGAAGGAAGCCCACAGGAGGACCUUGGACAUCCUCAGACAGCAAUCAGACCAGGAGCUCCAGACACUGAGAUUUGAACUGGAAGAUGAGGGCAAAGCCAAACUAGCGUCUCUCCGUGCCGAGCUAAACCACCUCCAUGCUACCGCCAUUGAGCAUCUAAAGCAGAUCCACAUGAAAGAAAACUCUUCAGCCAAACGAGAAUUGGAGAAGGCCAUGGAGCACAACCGCCAACAGGAACAAGAGCUGCUGAUUCGUAUCUCAGACCUGCAGGCGGAGAUGUGUUCCCGUAGCAACCGAAUCACAGAUCUGGACCACGAGAUCCACUCGUUAAAUGAGACCAUUGACACCUUGACCCGUGAACUGGAGCUGAAGGGCAAAGAGUUGCUUCGGGUGCGCAGUGAAGCUAAUCAUCAGAUUAGGGCUCAUGAACAAGACUUGGCGAAGAGGCACGAGAGGGAAAUGGGCGAGCUCAGCAUGAUCCAUCACAGAGAGACUCAGAUCAUGUUGGCUGACUUCAACAAGGCCCAAGAGGUUCUCAAAGACAAGAUCUGCGCUUUGCAAAUACUGCUGGAGGGUACCGAAGACAAAUUGAGAAACAGAGAGAGCCGACCCGAAGAUCUGCAUCUUAUUGCAGAGCUCCGUGAGAUGGUCACAGAGAGGGAGGCUCUGGUCAAAAAGCUGGUGGAUGAUAAGAAGUUCUACCAGCUGGAGUUAGUCAACAGAGAGACCGGCUUCAGUAAGGUCUUUAACUCCAGCGCCAAUGUCGGCGUCAUCAACCCUCUUAUCAAGCCUUCAUGAGGCAAACGCGGCACCAUCAGACCCCAAGGCAAUGGAGGCGAGAAAAAGCAAAGAUUGCGCUGCAAAAAAACGAGAGCUGCAUGCUCACUACUUCUCUUUCUGACGGGCUUAAAUGCAACUCUGUAAAAAGAGGACGUAAUGGGACAGACAACUACAUUUGGACAAUUUGACUACAGAUUUUUGUGAGGGCAGCGGGAGUGAAACGUAACGGGAUUGCGGGCUUUGGGCUUCCAUUCACAAUUGGCAUCACCACAGAAAUGCAUGGUUGCAUGACACAGGAGAAUAUUUCUCCUCAUUCUAUUAGGACAAGUACGUUAAUACAAAUUACUUUUGGUGACUGUAGUUUAGUUUGCUUUCACCAAGUUUAGCUAGCUGUCCCAUUGCGUUGAACCUCCGCGCUCACUGUGAGGCACCUCAGCAGUCUCAGUAGGGGGCGCCGUCGAGGCAAACUAACAUUUUUUAUCAUUCUUAUAGUUAUGAUAUAGCAAUCAACGGCUUUUCUGUGGUUUGUCAUCAGACAAGAGCAUUUCUAUUGGUUCAUACUGAGGAUUAAUUUUUCGCAAUCAUUGUGAGAUUUUGCCUUUAAUUUCUUGAGCAUGAUAAUAAUAACAAUAAAACACCAUUAUAGAAAAAAACCCAUAAUAUUUUUAUUCAAACUCUUUUGUGAAGAAUUUUACAAUAUAUAAAUACAACUAAAUUUUUUUGUCAUUUCCUGUUUCUAUUGGAUGGCACUGUGACUAAUUCAUGAAGUGACCUGGGUGUCAUUUUCAUUAUUCAUACCAAUUAUCAUAAACAUAAUAUAUUUCUCUAGGAAGCAGAGUUAUUAACAUGUAGUUUUUUUUCCAGUGAAUUAUCAGGCUGACCAUUAGUGGUGGGUGGAUGAUGCCUCUCAGUGCAUUAUCAACCUUUUCAGGGUAAGACAAUUAACCCUGUACGACCCAAAUAUAGGAAAACCUAAAAAAAAAAAAUUUGACCUUUUAGAUGUUGUUGUAGGAGGCAUUUGAACACAACACAAGGGUAGAAUGUAUACUAUGCAUGUAUAGAGAAAAUACUUCAGGCAGUGAUGUAGUGGAGGGAAUACAACCUGUUUGAGCCCACUGCAACAAGCCAGCAUUUUGACCCAGUGUUGUAUAAUUGCAACAAUUAUAUAACAAGCUCUAAAUGAAAGUUGAUGCAUCUGUUCCACAAUAACUACAUAUGUACAUGCUCUAGACAUUGUAAUAACAACCAAAAAAAUAUAUAAAAGACAUUUUACUUACUUGAAUCUGAUGAAUCCAGUCCAAUGAAACAAAUAGAUGUUGUUCGAAGGAAACCUUGAGAAAUUGUGUGAGUUCAUGGCCAGAAGGCGUGACUUAUAAACAAAUUUACGAUCCAAUAGCCUUGUGAGACUGAACAAUAGGACCCAAUGACUAUGUAAAUGUGGUAAAAAAAUAAAUACAAAUAUAACGGAUUGUUUUUUAGGAUGGUUAAAGGUAACGUUGUAAUUUUACAACAAGGGGUUUUACAGGGUUAAGAACUGAUUUUAAUUUGCAAUACUGAUGUUGAAGUGUGAUGAUGAUCUCUCGUCUGUCAUUUAUUAACAAAAAUGAGCGCUACAGAUUGCUCUCAACAGUUCACAAUUUUUUUUAAUGUGCGGGGGUAAAUGUGUUGAGCCAUAAAUGAAUGUUUAAAAUGGACAAACACUUUUCAAGAGUAAAACAUACACAGAGAAUGUCUGCCACUUUUGGAGGAACAGAGAAGAUAGCGGACAAUAAAAAAAGACGGUGCUGAUUCUUUAUGUAAUUAUAAACAAUUAUUAGUACAACUAAAAAAAAGUACGGUGGGCUCUAAGUAUGUGCUUUCACUGCCAUCUAGUUUCUACUUCAAAGUGUGGUUUAAAAUGAGUAAAACAUCAAUACAGUAUUUGUUUUCCAAUUUUUGUUGAAAUCCUGUGCUUUUUGAGGUCAGGAUAACAAUGAAUACUGCCAUCCAUCCAUUUCCUACCGCUUGUCCCUUUCGGGGUUGCGGGGGUUGCUGGAGCCUACUUAACACAUACAUAUACAUACAUAC